AUGGCUCUUGCAGCAGGAGAUGAAGUCCAUGUAGCUCCAGCAAUAAUUGAUGAUAAAAUCGAUGUUAAGACAGCUUUAAAACGAACUCUUAAAUCAGCCAUCAUUGCUGAUGGUUUGGCGAAAGGAUUGCAUGAAGCAACCAAAGCUCUUGAUAAACGCGAAGCUUAUUUUUGUGUUCUGGCAGAAGACUGUGAUGAAGCAAUGUAUGUUAGGCUUGUUGAAGCCUUGUGUAAUGAGCAUUCAAUUCCAUUGAUUAAAGUAAAAGAAAAACGUCAGCUUGGUGAAUGGAUUGGCCUGUGUAAAUAUGACAAAGAGGGGAAAGCUCGCAAGGUGGUUUGUUGUUCUUGCGCAGUAGUACGAGACUAUGGACAAGAUGAUAUUGCAAGAGCAGUUAUGGAGGAAUAUUUUAAAAACCAAUAG